AUGUGCAAACAGCUGCAACGACGAUUUGUGUGGGAUUACGAGGACGAGAAGAACGAACGAACGAUCAACGAAACAAUUGCGAUGGCGAUGAAGGAUCAAGACAGACAGCUGAUUGCAGAGGCUGCAGUGGCAGCGGCCAAUGCUCUCAAUCGACAACAGGGAGUGUUCGGAUUUGUUUCUGCCGAUGUACUCGAGAAGAAUGCUUGUUUUGUGCCAAGCCAAGAAGACGUGACUCGGGUGUUGCAGCACAUCUUGGAUGCAAUUAAUCGACAUAACUUGGCACCUGGACAAUCAGGAAGCGCAUCGUCUGCCGUAGUUGCGGAAUGCGAACAGCAAAUGUUUCUCAGUUUGAUAAAGUUGUCAACGCAUGAAGGGUUUUGCUUGCCGUUCAAACCUCAGAAUUCAUCGUCGGUGUCAGCCCAGGACCCUACAGUGUCAUCACUUAUGGAUACAGAAGAGAAAUACAAUGCUGUUUUGUGGCAGCAAAUCUGCAAAAAGUUCGAAUCUUCAUUCAUCAGUUUCUUACAAACGUUGCCAGUUGCGAACAGCUCACCUAUCAAAAACCAGCUUCAGAAACGACACUUCCUACUAGAAGCGCUAUGUACCCUUCUUCCUGUGAAUCAUGUUUGGUCAAAAUAUUGCGCAAUCCGAAUGCAAGACCUGCAUAAGCUGACGUCACAGGUUUUGCAUUUUCAACUUGGUCCACGAAGUAAAGUGAACUUGACCAACUUGAAUGACGAAGAUCAAAUAGGCAGUCCACGUUUUGCUGCUGGGCUGCAGGGAAGUGUCGGAACUGCAGGUCAUGAAAUGCAGAUGACCAAUUUCAACCAGUUUGUCAAACUACUGCCUACGUUUUACAACAAAGUUAAACUGAUGGUGGAGGAAGACGAGUUUGUUGUUCUGAGUGAUAUCUUCGGAUCCAAAGUGUCUGUCAGCGAGGUGUAUGCACAAAUAUAUCUGCCCUUCAUCGAAACUCUUCUCAGCAAAAUCUCAGAGCGAGUCCAAUCCAAUUUGCUCCAGCAGCAGUGCCAGAAACAGGUGAAUGUGGAAAAUAUUGCGAGUUUGGAUGAAAAGAAGAGGUCUUCAUCCAAGCAGCGAAAAAGCGCAACUGCAAUUGUGGGUGCCAAAAGAAAGGACGAAGAUGAGUCUGCGUCAAACAGAUCUCAGCAAACGCAAACUCAGAGUGCAUUUAGUGAGUUCACUAGCUUCAUGGAUACUUUGCCAUUGAAUGAAGAUCAAUUGCAGACUGUCAACGUACCAACCUUAACUAUCGAAGAGCUGAAGCAAAUAGGCGAAGUAAUCAAGCUAUCAGUGACAUCAGUAACUUCCUGA